GAUGCUCUGCAAGUUUUGUUUCCGGGAUGUUUGGUGAUGUGGCUAUGCACAGAAAUACAGCAGAGGAGAUUCUUCAAAUAAAAAGCAGAAACCGGUAUCUGAGAAGUACUCGUACAGUUUCGGCUACAUGCUCAGCCGGCUGUCCCAGGGCUUUACCAACGUCCUGCAGGAGCUGUCUGGGGACGAGCCCCCCAAUGGAGCCCCUCAGGAUAUGUUGGUCCCCCAACUCCCCCCUGGAGAUGCCCCCGGGGCCCCUGAGGAGUCUGGGCCUGGGGUGGAGGAGGAGCCCCUGGAGAUGCUGGCCCAUCUGGAGCAGCUGACAGUGCAUCUCAAGGAGGUGGUCAGAGAUAAGGACAGCCAGCUUGCCACCUUCGAAACGCAGCUCAAGAGCGAAAGGGAGACAGCGGAGGCACGCUUCACUAAACUAAAGCUGCAGGCCAAAACCAAGAUGGCUGCUCUGAACAAACAAAUUGCUGACCUCAAAGGGCAGGAGGGAGCAACAAGCUCUCCAGACAGCUCCUUCACCAGCUCAGCUCCUGCUGUGGAGGAGGAACUCCAGGAGCUGAGGAAGCAGCUCAGUGAGGUCUCGACCUCGGCUAAGAACCUCCAGGAGCGUCUCCAGAUGUCCGAACAGGCCCUGUGUGAAAAGGAAGCCGUACACACGGAGCAGGUUCGUGUGCUUCAGGCAGUUGUCUGUGAAAAGGACGUGCGUUUCCAGGAGCAGAUCCAGAAGCAUGAGGACGAGCUGCUCAGGGUCACAGUGCAGAGGCAGAACGAGGCUGAGCUGCAGCAGGUACAGCAGGCUCUACGUGCAGCCCAGCGGCGUUGUGAGGAGCAGGAGGAAGCCAUGCGGUCACGCUGCCAGGUGCUGGAGAUUCUGCAGGGGGAGCUGAACAAUGCCGACCAGCAGAAACAGAUCCUCACGGCUCAGUUCCGCCAGAUGGAGCAGGAGCUGGCUGAGGCUGGUAGGCAGAGGGAGGAGGAGAGACAGCAGUGGGCUGGGUGGUCCAGCCAGGCCCAGGCAGAGCUGGUGGCCCUCCGAGCCAACCUGGAGGCCUCCGAGAGGGACAGAGCAGCCCAGCUAGCCAACCUGGAGACCUCAGAGCGAGAUAGAUCAACCCAGAUGGAGGAGCUGACAGUGAAACUGGAGUGGGCCGCUAGAGAGCGGGAGGAAGUGACCAACAGAGAAGUAGCCAGGUUGGAGAAGGAGCUUGCUGCCUUAAGAGAGGAGCAUGGAGAGGGGCAAAGGGCAGGAGAGGCCCUGGCUGAGUUGUUGACAGGCCUGCGCUCUCUGGCUGGAGAGGGGGCUGAGGAGGACAGUUCUGUUCCCACCGACCCGGCCCUGUGCCUGGGUACACUGCAGACCCUGGAGGCCCGGCUGAAGAGGCUGAGGGUGGAGCAGAGGGAGAGCGAGGAACGCUGCACCCAGGUCACCCACUCCAUGGAGACUUUGCAAGAACAACUGGAUAAGCGCACCGCAGAAGGCGAAGAGGCAGUUGCUAGGAUACAACAGCUGGAGCAGCAAAUUGGAAUGGCUGCUAGGGAGUCAUUGGUCCAGUGUGUGACUGACCCGUCUGUGGAAGAAGUGACUGAUGCUGAAAAAGCCCAAAUAUUGGCUCUGGAGCAGCAGCUAUUGGAGAAAGACCAUGAGUUGACUGCCCUGCGAGAGAGUCUUGUGCUGGCUAAAGAGCAGGGCUCAAAUGAUGCAUUCAAGGUAAGCGCUGAUCAGAUUCUAGACCAGAGUGAGGACACCGCCAUGGCCCCCUGCGACAGUCCUACAGUGCUGCCAGACCUCCUAGAAGACACGCGAGAGGAGGACACCACCCUGGUGGCAGAGGAUUGCGCAAUUCUGUCAGUCGCCGCUGAUAACGAGAGCAGUCCAGAGCUCAUUGAACCCCAGUCUGACUCUCCCGGAGAAUCUAAGGGGGCCUCCUCUGAUGAGAUGGUCACUAGCAGUGACUCCGAGGUGGCCCACAGCAGCUGGACCCUCCUAGAGGCUGUGAACCAAGAUGAAGGUCAGCAGUCGCCUCCCAUACUGCAGGGCUUUGGCCAGCUCCAGAUGCAAUCCUGGGAAGAGAACAGCUCUGAGCAGGAAACAUCCACAGUCCAGGUGGAGUCCUCAUCAGUCAUCAUCCGUGAGACUGUGCAGGUGCACCUCAGCCAGCAGGGGGCGACCCUCUCUGACUUUGCCCCUGGACAGGUGUUUGCCCAGGCCUUGGCAGAUGAGCUGCAGAACAGGUACAGUGAGCUCAUGGCUGAGCUCCAGAGAUUGAGAGAGGCUGCCUCAGAGUCACAGGAGAGAACCCAAGGCCUUGAGGAAGAGAUUCGGUCCCUGGCAGCUGCCAAGGAUGAGGCUGAGUCCCAGGCCCAGAGAUUUGAGGAAGAGCUCCAGUCAGCCAGGUCAGAGAUGGACACGGUGGCCCAGCACAGUGGCUCCGAGUUGGAGAGGCAGAGCAUGGAGAUGCAUCUCCUGGAGGAGCAGCUGGCCAGCCUGCAGACAGAAGGCCACUCCAAAGAGCAGAAGAUCCAGGCUCUGCAGGCAGACCUGGACGAGGCUCAGCACUCUCUCUCUGAGCAGGAGGGCCAGGCCAGGAUGCUGAGCGCCCAGCUGGAAGAAUGGGAGAUCACCACCUCUGAGCUGGAGCAGAAGCUCCAAGACAUGGAGGCCAGACUGCUGGAGUUCUCCCAGGCUAGGGACAUGGCCAAAGCUGUACUGUCUGAGAGGGACACUGAGAUUAACGAGCUGCUACUGCGCAUCACCCAGAAAGAGCAGGAGAUGAUGGAGCUGAGCAAUGGCAUGUCUGCCAAACUGCUCCAGACCAGUGAGGAGAAGUUCCUAAUGAGCACUGAGGUCAAGAAACUGAAGGAGCAGAUAAUUGAGCUUGAGAAUGCUGGAGAAAAGGAGAAAGCGACAGGGGAGAGUCAUGUAGAGGAUGGUGAUGAGCUCACUAGUUUGCGAAAGGACAAAGAGGAUCUGACAACCCAAGUGGCCACCAUUAAAAAGAGGUUGCAGGCAGCCCUGGUGCAGCGCAAAGAGCUGAUGAAAAAAGUUGCAGAGUUUGAGAAAGAUGCAGAUCAAAGGAAAGGACAAGUAGGGAAAGCAACGGAGGAAGCCCCUGCAAGUGUACCAGCUUUAGAAAAAGACAGAAAACAAGAGGUUAUGGCAAUUGAGACUACUUUCGAAGAGUUCAGACAAGCCUUGAAGUCCAAAGAAGAGGCCAUGGAGGUUUUGGAACAGAAAAUCAGCCAGCAGGAUCAGGUUUUGGAAGAGACACUUGAAAUGAACAGAAGGCUGAGUGAGGGAGCUGAGCAGACUCCAGAGGCUGACACCUCAGCUGAAAUCACUGGUUUGCAGUCCCAGGUGGCCUCACUGGAGUCAGAUUGCGAAACACUGCAAAAGAAACUGCAGGAGGCCCAGGACUCUUGCAAAGACACUAUCUGCAAGGCCAAAGAAAAGGACAGGCACCACCGCGAACAGCUAAAACAGCAAAAGGAAGAGUACAACGGGCUGUUGGAGCGUUUGGAGGAGCAAGUUGGUGAACGAGAUGGGCUGUUGACUAGACUGAGCGAGCUCGAGGAACUGCAGGCACAGAAAGAGGUGGGCACAGAGAAGGAAGUACAUGCUGAGCUGGAGACCAACGCUGCAGUGGAGAAGAUUGAGAAGCCAGCUUCAGGAGAUUGGGUCCAGGAAGACUGGGUGGAAUUUGCAGCUCCUGAGAAUGAAGCACAACAACAACAAGGUGAUAAUCCAAUUACCAGUGCCGAGGAACCCUCUCAGCUACUUUCAGCUGACAUUGAGGCCUUAUUACAAGCUCUGAAAGAAGAGGUCCAGGCUGAGAAGGCAUCUUGUACAGAGUUGGAGGGCCAACUACAGGAGAGCCAGGCUAGCCUGUCACUCAGGGAAAGUGAGCUUCUAGUGCUGGGCAAAGAGUUGCAGGCCCUGAGAGAGAAGGAGAGCCAGAUUGAACAUGUCUAUGAGGAGUUGGAGGCUCUGAGGGAGAAGUGUCUACAGGCUCAGACCUAUGCAGAAGCUGUGAAAGCAGAGUUGGAGGCUGCGGCCAAGGGAGCCGCCUCAGACUCCGCUGAGUCCACCAUUGCCAUCCUGCAGACAGAGGUGGGGGAAUUCAAGCAGUUCCUGAGCAACAAGAACGAUGAGAUCAUGGAGCUUAGCCAGCAGCUGGGUGAGCAAAGCUCCCUCCUCCAGUCCAUGCAAGAGACAGUGUAUGAGAAGGACCAGUCGAUCGCCUCCCUGCAGGAAGGCCUGAGGGCAGAGAAGGAAAAGAGCCAGAGACUGGAGGCCGAGGUCCCCCAGAGGCAAGAGGAAGAGAAAGGCAGCAACUCCAAGAUCCUGCAGCUUCAGCAGAAGCUCAAGGCUGCCCUUAUCUCCCGCAAAGAGGCCCUCAAAGAGAACAAAAGCCAGAAAGAACAGUUGGCCUCCACUGAGAAAGUCAUCACUGAACUGCAUCAGAAGAUGGAGGCUAGAGAAGUCGAGCUGGAGAAGCUGAGAGCAGAAAGAGAGAGGCUGAUAGAGGAGGUUGAUCGGACCUUGGUGGAGAACCAGAGCCUUGAGGGGUCCUGCGAGAGCCUCAAGCUGGCCAUGGAGGGUAUGCUGACAGAGAAAGACUUCUGUAAAAGAGAGGCAGAGUCUGCCAAAGAGGAGGCUGCCCGGGCAUGCAGAGAAUGGGAGGAGAAGCUGAAUGGGAUGAAGGAUGAGUAUGAGACUCUGCUAAAGUCCUAUGAGAACGUGAGUGAUGAGGCAGAGCGUGUGAGACGUGUGCUGGAAGCUGCUAGGCAGGAGAGGAAGGAGCUUGUUGCUAGAGCCAGGACCCACGAGACGGCCAGGCAGGAGGCUGAACGGCAGAAAGAAGAGGCCCAGAAAGAGGUGGACACUGUCAAAGACAAGAUGAGGAAGUUUGCCAAGACCAAGCAGCAGAAAAUCAUGGAUUUAGAGGAGGAGAACGAGAGUCUCAGAGAGAUGGAUGAAAAGAAAGGAAUAAGAAGGGAGGACAAUGCACUCAAAGGAGAACUUGAAAGACUCAAAGAUGAGUUUGAGGCUCUGAAAGCUGAUUUGAAUGCCACUACGGCACAGAGGGACUCCUUAGAACAGCAAGUUGUUGAGUUGAGGGAGCAACUAGCCCAAGAGCUAGAGAAAGGGGACAGAUUAGCUCCAGAUAAAACCCCCAGCUCUGAUGAUGUAGUGGAGGAGACCAUUGUUGCCCAGCAGUCUAGUACAGUCAUGACUAAAACUACCCAAGAGCCAGUUAAGAGCCAGCCUCAGGACAUAGAGCCACAUAGCCAGGCCAUAGAGUCUGAGGUAGCUGCACCUGAAACUCCCUCUGUUGAGGAGAUGGUGAAGAUCGAAAUAACUGAACAUACACAGGCCCUAAUUGAUGAGAAAUUGAGCAAAAUGGAGGCAACCCUACAGUCAGAGAGGGAACUGAGGCAACAGCGCGAGGCUGAACUCACUGCUGAGCUGGCCUCUCUGGAGCAGCGCCUUCAGGAGAGUAAAGAGAAGCAACAGACCCAGAGGGAGGAGCCAGUGAAGACGGAUAUGUCUGAAAGUGAACAGACCGUAAUUGAGGGAAAACGGAUGGAAAUGGAGGCAGCCCUGCAUUCAGAGAGGGAACAGUGGCAAGAGAGUGAGGCUGAACUCAAGGUUGGACUAGCCUCUCUGGAGCAGCUCCUUCAGGAGAGUAAAGAUAAGGAACAGAGCCUGAUGGAAGAGAGCUCUAAAAGGGAAGCCCAACUCCAGGAGCUCCACAGCAGCCUGGAGGUAGAGAAGGACGACCUAGAGGAGCGUCUGAUGAACCAGCUGGCCCAGCUGAAUGGCAGCAUCGCCGGCUACCAGCAGGACGCGACAGACAGCCGGGAGCGUCUUGCGGAGCUGCAGAGGGAGGUGGAGAGACUGGAGAGGGAGCGGGCUGAACUGGAAGCCCUGGCCGAGAGCGAGAGGGACCGGGCAGCCAGGCUGGAGGAGGACAAGAGGCAGGCCCAGAGAGAGCGGGCCGAGGCAGAGGCAGAGUCAGGGAAGCAGAGGGAGCUGGAGCAGCAGCUGAAGUCCGCCCAGAGGGUGAAAGAGGGCAGCCAGAGCCGGGCAAAGCAGCUGGAGGAGCUGCUGAGAGAGAAGCAGCUGGAGGUGCGCCAGAUGCAGAAGGACUGCAUCCAGUACCAGGAAAGGAUCAGUGAGAUGGCCAGGGAGGGCAAGGCUUUGCAACUGGGCAGCAACGAGGUCCACAAAGAGCUUGGGCAAGCCUGUCUUGAGAGGACCAAAGUCACAGACGCUUUGAAGAAGACUGAGGCUGAGCUAUCUAGCUGCAAAGCCCAGCUGGUUGAGGCCCAGACAGAGGCCAGCCAGGCCCAAGCUGAGAGGAGAGCCUGUGAGCAGACCACUCUACAGAGAGAGGCUGAGUUGAAAGCAGAGGCAGAGCAGAGCCUGGACUCUGUGAGGUUCAGGCUGGGAGCCGAGCUGAAGCAUAUUGAGCUGAGGUUGGAGGAGUCUUACCGGGAGAGGGAGAGAGAGGAGGAUGCCACCCGGGAGGCAAAAGAGCUGGCUGACACCGCUGAGAGACAGGCCCAGCAGAUGCAGACCCGCCUGGAUGAGUCUCUGGCCCGACUGGCUGCCUUCUCGCGCUGUAUGUCCUCCCUGCAGGACGACAGGGACCGCGUGCUGGAUGAGACCCGGCAGUGGGAGAGUCGUUUCAACAGCACCCUCCAGGGGAAGGAGGCUGAGGUGCGGGAGGGAGAGACCCGGUCCAGAGAUCUGGCUGAACAGCUGCAGAAAGAGACCGCUCGGAGAGAAGAGCUACAGCUUACAGUGGACAGACUGCAGAAAGCAGACGAGCAGUGGCAGCUGAAAUGGGAGCAGGAAGAGAAGAGGCUCCGCGAGAACCAGGCUGCCCUGGAGCAGGAGAGGGAGGAGCUUCAGAAGUCCCUAGCCCAGACCGAGACCUCCCUGGCUGACGCUCGCGCCAAGCUGGCCUCCCUGGAGAGCGAGGCGGAGGGGCUCCGCCACAGAACCCAGGCCCUGGAAGAGGCAGUUGGGAAGCUGCAGGGAGAGACCAACGAGGCCAGGUCCCAGCUGAAGGAGAGGGAAGCAGAGGGGAGGAGGCUGGGCCUGAGCGUGGAACAACUGGAGACAGACCUGCGCUCCUCCAAGACCCUGACAGAGAGCCUGCAGACAGAGCUGAGUGAGAAGGAGAGGAGAGAGGUGGAGCUGCUGGGGGAGAAGGAGCAAGCCGUGACCCAGGCUGCAGAGGAGUCCAGGAGGGAGGCUGACUCCAGGGCCCAGGAGGCUGAGAAGGAGCUGGAGGAGAGGAGAGAGGAGGUGCGGGGUCUGGAGGACCGGCUGCGGAAGGCAGAGGAGGAGAGCAGCCACAGCAAAGCCAGGCUGGAUGCCUUCACCAAGGCCAUGGGCUCUUUACAGGACGACAGAGACAGAGUACUUGGCAUGUACAAACAGCUGGAGGAGAAACAUCUGCAGGUGAUGAUGGAAAAGGAUGCUCUGAUCCAGGAGGCUGCUGCGGAGAAUAACAGUCUGAAGGAGGAGCUGCGCUCCCUAUUGGUCCAGAGGGAUGACCUCCACGCAGAGAAGGCCAAGCUAUCUGCCCAGCUUCAUGGCUACAGGGACGAUCUUACCCAGGUCCUCACCAUGAAGGAGUCCCAGCACAAGCAGCUCUUGUCCGGCCAGCUUGAGCGCAUCGCUACCCUGGAGAAGGAGAAAGAAGAGCUAGGGGCUAAGAUCAAGAGCCUGGAGGGAGGGGAGGCUUUAGUUCAGGCGGUAGAGAGGGAGACCCUCAGCCAGGCUGGUGAUAGUGGAAACAUGCAGGUGAGAGACGCUCCUGGGGCGGAGGUAGAGAAGCUGAGGGAGCAGCUGCAGGCUGCCAGGACCCAGGUGGAGAGCCUGGAGGAGAGCCUUGCCAAGGAAAGAGAGGUGCAGGAGGCUCGGCAGAAGGAGCUGAAAGAACUGCGUUGGGAGGGAGGGGUGACGCGGACGGAGUCGGAGACAGCGGCCGAGAGGGUGGCCGAGCUGGCCCGAGACCUGCUGACCAUGGAGCAGAGGCUGCUGGAGGAGAGGGAGGUGGCCGGCCAGCUCCGGGCCCAGAACCAGGCGUUCGGCAAGGCCAUGGCGUCACUACAGGGUAGCAGGGAUCAGGCACUCAGCCAGGCCCAGGAACUCAGCCUCAGACUGGAGGAGAUGAGCAGGGCAGGGGGCCAGCAGACACCCACCAUGUGCCAUGGAGGAUCCACUGCAGAGGUGUGGGGACUGAAGAACGCCCUGUCAGCCCUGCAGAACGACAGGGAGAGACUGUUGGAACAGCUGCAGCGGCAGCACUCAGAGCUCACUCGACUGGGAGGAGGAGAGCUGUCUAGACUCAGCCAGGAGCUAGAGGAGGAGAGGAGGAGGGCUGAGGAGAUGGUGGACAGGAUGAGGGAGCUGGACAACCUGAGGCAGAGGGAGAACCAGGAACUAGAAAUUCUCAGGCUGGAGCAGGUUGACUGGCAGGCCCAGGCAGAGGUCCUGAAGCAGCAGACCCUAGUCACCCUCUCGGACCGUGACCAGCAGGUGCGCCAGCUCGGUGCCAUGUUGGAGGAGGCCCGCGCCACCAGGCCCAAACCACCGGAGGAACACCACCAGAGACAGGCACCUGUUGAGGCAGACCUGUCAUCUAAAGUAGGGGUCCUUCAAUCAGAGAGUGGCCCGCUGAAUGAGCUUCAGCUGCGAGAGCAGCGGAUUACACAGCUCAGUAAUAAGCUCUCGCAGGUGUUUGAGGAGAACCGCCAUCUCUCCUCCCAGUUCCAAGGCAGUUCCCAGAGGCUGGAUGAGGCCGAGAGCCGCUGCACUGCCCUCCAGAGGCAGCUCCAGGAACUGCAUGAAGACAAGCGCAAGGGGACAGGGGAAGUGGACAGUGCCCCCGGAGCUCCUCAGCAGCACAGUGGCCCUUCAGAGAGCGAGAGUCUCAGGGUGGAUUUUAAAGAGCUCCAGCGCAGACUGGAUGAAGAGCAGCAGUAUAGGGUGGCUGUGGAGGAGCAGCUAAUGGCUGCCCAGGACCGCCUCAAACUGAUCAACCAGGGUGAAUGGCAGUCGGCCCACGAAGGGCAGUUCUCUGCUUCUGAGACAGCUGUCCUCAUUGAGCCACCAGGAGGCUCUGUUACCCGAAUUCGGAGCAGCAGCGGGCCAGGCCUGAUGAGAAUGCUGCGUGUGGCCUUCUGCUCUCGCCAGCGCACACCCCUGCUGGUGUCCCUCUACCUGCUCACCGUGCACGUCCUGCUACUGCUCUGCCUGGGGGGUUACGUUUAGGGCCCCCUCCACCCCUUAGAGACUGCUCACCGUGCACGUCCUGCUAGUGCUCUGCCUGGGGGGUUACGUUUAGGGCCCCCUCCACCCCUUAGAGACUGAGAGAGAUGGAGAGAUAAGACAUGUGACACAGACCCACCCACCCCCUCCAAGACCGAUAUCAUAUUACUGUUACAUUCAAUACUGUAGAAUAGGAGAAGACUCGUGACACACACACACACACACACACACACACACACAGAGACUGACACGCACUUUUGAUACAACAACAAUAACGGAAGUGUAUCUUAGCCUAUUAACCAAAGUGAAUAGUUUUUUAUAUACUGGGAGUCAAAAACACCCUCUGCCAUCAUUGAUUUGAUUCCAUAUUUAAUAUGUUACCGUUAGCGUACAUGAUCAGUCAAAUGUUAUUGUAGAGGAAAUGAGAAGCAGUAUUGCACUACCUCAGAACUGUUGUUUAUUAGACUUCUAUAAAGGGACAUGGAUAUUAUGCAGCUUUUAUUGUACCUGGGGGAACUAACAUGAAAUGACACUAUACAGUAGAUCUACACGGUGUUUAGUUUUUCAGCCAGUUUAUAUUAGUGGUGGUUCAGGUGCCUUUAAAUGAGGAGAAUGAAGGGUCACUUCAUGUCUGGAUGGAGUGAGGGUUAGGAUCUGUGGACCUGUUCCUAUCUCUCUUACUCUCCUAUGUUCUCACGUACAAUGGACACCAACUGAAACGUGUACAACCUGCUAUGACUACAUUCCCACAACGAUCUAUUUAUUUAAUUUUUCUUCCUUAUUUUUCCUCUCAUUUUCUCUUUAAUUAAAGAGAGAACACCGUCAUUGGCAUAUUUGACUCCUGUAGUAUUUGUAUGUCGUAUGUACGGUAUGUAUGUACUGGAUGUGGGUUAUCCAAUCAAUUCCCCAAUUUCUUCCAUUGUUGCAUGGAUGACGGUUUUAUUCUAUUGAUUUUAUGGCAGAUUCAUUUGCCAUUCUGGUGUAAUGUUGUCCAUUCCAGAUGAAAUUGUGUAUUUUUUUCUGUGACACUACAAAUAAUGUCCAUCCAAUCUAUGAUUCCUAUAAUUUAGCAUUAUUUAUUGCUUACGCAUUCAAACCGCAUAAUCUACUACAAUGUAUGGUGAACACUACUGCUGGGAAAAAUGACUAGUCAAAAACGUAUUCUUGUUGUCUGUUGUCCCACUACACAUCUUGUAACUCACUUGUCCUCUGUUAACUUCUAUUGUAAAUGACCUUGUACUGUGCUGUAUAGAUUGAAUUGUCAUGAUGAUGAUACCUGUUUUUCAGCACAGCCCACUGAAAAGUAUAGGGCCAGAUGUGUACCAGUUAUUUUCAAAGGGGACCAGUUAGAACAUAACGGGUGAAAAUAUGAGACAAAAAAAUGGGAAUUACACAUGGUUUAUGACCUUAUGAAAAAUAACUGGUGCAAAGUAAAUCUGGUGUUAAAUCUCUGUAUGAUAAGUGUUGGUUACUCUUGGGCUAUUUUUUUUAAUGAAAUAUAUUGGGAAAACAAAUGGAUGUUUAUUACGGAAUGAGAAUGUGUGCUUUUACAAAUUAACAAACCGUAUCGUUUUGAAAACAAUUGUGUCCAGCUUUAAUACAGUAGCAAGCCUGUAGCUACUUGCAUAUUA